AUGGAACUUGACAUACAAUGGGCAAGCGAAGUCCACGACUAUAGGAUUAAACAAAGGGACCCAUGGGAAACCCACAAGGGUACAAUUGCGAUUGUGCUGCCUUUGGGCUCGCCUUUGUUCUUGCAGAGCUUUGUUGUGGUGACUUUCACUCGAAAUGGCUUACCCGCAUGGAGGACUCACAUGCCCACAAUAAACACUUCCCUACAGGAUGCCACUUGCCUCCCUUCCCCCCCACGCGGAGUGAUUGCAGUUACCGGUUAUGGCAAAUGCAGGUCCUGA